AUGGACAAAAUGGGGGAAGAAAAUUCCAGCACCAUCGGUGAGCUCGUGCUUGUCGGGUUUUCCAAUCACCCCCAUGCUGAGGUGCCCCUCUUCUUUUUCUUCUCCCUGAUCUAUUUGGCAGAUCUUUUUGGAAACACAGCCGUCAUCACUUUAGUAUUUCUUGACACUUCUCUCCAGACACCCAUGUAUUUUUUUCUCUGUCACCUGGCCUUCCUCAACUUGUAUUUUAGCACACUUGUGGUCCCAAAGAUGCUGGUUAAUUUCCUUGCCACCAGGAAAGUCAUAUCUUACAACUUCUGCCUUGCUCAGACCUACUUUACGUUAUUCCUAGAGGCAACUGAGUGCUUUCUGCUUGCAGUGAUGGCUUUGGAUCGCUAUGUGGCUAUUUGUUACCCACUUCGAUAUCGGAUCAUUAUGAAUUGGUCUGUGUGUUUGGCACUCUCUAUAGGGGCCUGGACGAUUGGCUUCUUUGCCUCAAUAGUGCCUCUCUAUUUCACAAUCCCCCCACUGUGUGGUCCCUAUGUUGUUGAUUAUCUUUUCUGUGAAUUUCCCAUUCUUCUUCACAUGUUCUGUGGUGAUACAUCCCUGCAUGAGACCUUGAUGACUUUGGGAGGGGCUGGCACCGUGUUAUUCCCCUUCUUCCUCAUCAUGCUCUCCUACCUUCGGAUCUUACUGACGGUCAUGAGAAUCCACUCAGCUGCGGGCAGGAAGAAGGCCCUCUCGACAUGUACAUCUCACCUGACUGUGGUAACCUUGUAUUAUGGGACCGGAUUAGUAAGGUAUUUGAGACCCAAGUCCCUUUAUUCUGCAGAGGGAGAUAAACUGAUCUCCUUGUUCUAUGCAGUCAUCAACCCCAUGGCUAAUCCUUUUAUUUAUAGCCUCAGAAACAAAGAAGUGAAGGGAGCCAUGGGAAGAGUAAUGGGGAAAUACCAAAAAAACCCAAACAAAUCAUAG